AUGAGUGAUGGGUCAGGUAGAUACGUGCCCCCACAUAUUAGACGGGGAGGUGGUAAUUCGCAUGAAAGUGCUGCUGCAGAUGGUUUAAGCGGCUCUAGGUAUAGUGGCAACGGAUUUUUCUCCAGUCCCAAUAGAGGUAAUCAUAAGUCUUCAGGCGGGUUUUUUGGAUCUAGGCCGUUCAACGAUAGAAGGACUGGUCAAGGAAGUAGGGCAAGUGGCUCUGGUGGGUUCGGUGGCUCUGGUGGUAGAUACGGAUGGGUAAACGGUAAACAUGUACCAUACCCGAAAAAUCCAAGGUUAGAGAUGGAGUUGUUUGGUAAUGCAACGGAUCACGUAACUUCUGGUAUAAACUUUGAUAACUACGAUGAUAUACCCGUAGAGGCCAGUGGUGACAAUGUUCCUGAAGCAAUAACAGAGUUCAAGUCACCACCACUAGAUGAACUAUUGCUUGAAAAUGUCGAACUGGCCAAUUUCUCAAAGCCUACUCCGGUACAGAAAUACUCGAUCCCAAUUGUCACCAAGAACAGAGAUCUAAUGGCUUGUGCACAAACUGGAUCUGGUAAGACAGGUGGGUUUCUGUUCCCAGUUUUGUCAGAGUUGUUUUUAAAUGGGCCAGCGCCGCUCCCAGAGCACACUAGACACUCUUAUAUGAGGAAAUGCUAUCCCAGCGCGCUUGUGCUUGCACCAACAAGAGAACUGGCAAUACAAAUAUUUGACGAGGCCAAGAAAUAUACUUAUAGAUCGUGGGUAAAGCCCUACGUAGUAUACGGUGGAGCUCCAAUCGGUCAACAGAUGAGAGACAUGGACCGCGGGUGUAACCUACUGGUAGCCACACCCGGUAGGUUGAAUGACUUGUUGGAAAGAGGUAAAAUUUCUCUUGUUAAUGUUAAGUAUCUAGUACUCGAUGAAGCUGAUAGGAUGUUAGAUAUGGGGUUUGAGCCUCAAAUUAGGCAUAUUGUAGAGGAUUGCGAUAUGCCUAGUGUUAAUGACAGACAGACGUUAAUGUUCUCUGCUACAUUUCCGAGAGAAAUACAGCACCUUGCUAGAGAUUUUUUGAAAGACUACAUAUUUCUAUCAGUCGGUAGGGUUGGCUCUACCUCGGAAAACAUUCAACAGAAGGUGCUAUUUGUUGAAGAUUACGAUAAGAAUUCUGCACUUCUGGAUAUAUUAAUUAAUGAAAUUGAUGGAUUGACUCUGGUUUUUGUGGAAACAAAAAGAAUGGCAGAUCAAUUGACGGAUUUUCUGAUAGUUCAGAAUUUUAAAGCAACAGCAAUUCACGGUGACAGAACACAAGCUGAGCGUGAAAGAGCCCUACAUGCAUUUAGAAACGGUAUAGCUAAUAUACUUGUUGCAACUGCAGUGGCAGCUAGAGGCUUGGAUAUACCAAAUGUUACUAAUGUGAUAAAUUAUGACUUACCAACGGAUAUUGAUGACUAUGUUCACAGAAUUGGUAGAACUGGACGUGCUGGUAACGUCGGUGUCGCUACAUCCUUUUUCAACUCAAAUAGCAUGAAUAUUGCCAAGGAACUUAUGGAUUUGUUGACAGAAGCCAAUCAGGAGGUCCCUCAGUUUUUGGUCAAUAUGGUUCAAGAUAGCAUGAGAUUUGGUAGAGGUGGACGUAAUUCUAGAACUGGAAGUAAUAGAGGAAGAGGCUCCAAUACAAGAGAUUAUAGACACUCUAAUAAAGAUGACUGGGGUAGUCUAGGGUCGUCAAGAAGGGGUUUUAGAAGUAAUGACAAUCGUGGUUUUGGUAAUAACUGGGGAUCGUCUUCUGGUGAUGGUUUUACUAACAAAGCUGCAAACUCGUGGUGGUAA